AUGGCUACAAUGACUGCGACCAACGUACGUGAUGUCGGCCCAAAAGAUAUGCAAACAUCGAACAAUGCAUCAACAAGAAUAGAUUUAGCAAAUAUUGCCGAUGUUCCUUAUUAUGUUGAAAAACGAUAUGUUCGUGCAGUUGAUAAUGGCGAUGAAUUUCAAUAUGAAGAAGUACCCAUUGAAGAAUUUUAUGAUGAUGAUAAAGAAGAUACACUUGAUGCACUUAUUCGUAAUGUAAAAGAUCAACAACGUGAAUCACAAGUCACAACAACAUCAACUUCUGCAACAGUUCCUCGUGGUACACUAACUACUCAACCAGAAGCUGUUGAUGAUUUUGUUCGUAAUUUUCUUGUUCGUAUGGGUAUGAAAAAAACAAUGCAACAAUUUCAAAUUGAAUGGCAUAAUUUAUCAUCUUCGGGACGUAUUAAAACAAAUGAAUGUGGUUAUUUACCAGAUGUAGUUAAACAUAAUGAAGAAUUAAGUGAAAAAAUGAAAUUACUCGAAUCAGAAGUUGAUCGAUAUCGAAAAUCAGCCGAAAAAGCUCGAGAAGAAUUUGUUAAAAUGAAAAAAGAACGUGAUUAUCAUCGACAACAUCAUAAUCGCAUUGCUCAAGAAAAAAAUAAUCUUGUUACAUUUGUUAAACGAUUAAAAUCUCAUCUAUCAACAUUUGAACCACAAUUAGAUGAAUUAAAAUCUAAAUAUGAUGGAGCUAUGCGUGAAAAAAUGGUUUAUAAAUUAGAAAAAGAAAAAUUACAAAAUGAAUUAAAUUCAUUAAAACUGGGUAGUUCGACAACAUUACAAAAUACGCCAGAAGGAGAAUUAGGACCAACACAAACUAAACUUCGAGAAUUAAGACUUAAAGAAGAAAAGAAAAGACUAGCAAUACCAAAUGAACAGCAACGAUUAACUGGUUCAUCUGAAUCAACAAAUGAAUCACAUCCACGCGAUUCCGAAUUUCCUGUUGAUACAGGAAAUAAUCCAUAUUUAAAUCGAUUUGCUGAAGAUGCUUUUCAUCGAUCAACAUUAACAUUAGCAAAAGACAUUGAAGCACAUGACGGUCCUAUAAGUUGUGCUGCUAUUCAUCCUCGUAAACAUGUUGCUGUAACAGUAAGUGAUGAUCGAUCAUGGAAAAUGUGGGCUAUUCCUGAAGGCGAUAUGAUUAUGAAAGGUGAAGGUCAUUCAGAUUGGGUAUCUGGUGUUGAUUUUCAUCCCAGUGGAAAUAAAAUGGCAACAUGUUCUGGUGAUACAUCAAUUAAAAUUUGGGAUUUUUCACAAAAAAAAUGUAUUCAUACAUUUACAAAUCAUCUUCUACCAGUUUGGUCUGUUCAUUUUCAUUCAUGUGGAGAUUUUAUUGCUUCUGCUUCUCAGGAUAAAACUGUUCGUUUAUGGGAUUUAAAUAGCCUUCGUUGUCGAACAGUUAUGCGUGGACAUCAGGAUUCAGUUCAUUCAGCUGAAUUAUUAAUGUUUUCAAAUAUAAUUCUAUCCAGUUCAGUUGAUAAGACUCUUAUGUUAUGGGAUGCUCGAACAGGUCUACCAGAGCAUACAUUCGUUGGUCAUGCUAAUCCUUGUAAUCAAGCAACAUUUAAUUUACGAGGUGAUACAAUUGCAUCUUGUGAUUCAAAAGGAAUAGUUAAAUUAUGGGAUGUGAGAACAAUAAAAAGUAUGGUUACACUUGAUUUAGGACCUUAUUCAGCAAAUAGUGUUUCAUUUCAUCCGACUGGACAACUUUUAACAGCAGCUUCUAGCGAUCGAACAAUUAAACUUUAUAACAUUGGUACUGAACAGUUAAUACCAUUAAGUAGUCAUCAUGAUGAAGUUCAAUAUGUUAAAUUCGACCUAAAAGGACAAUAUAUGGUUUCAACUGGUCGUGAUCGAACCCUACGUGUUUGGUCGUAA